GUUUCCCCCUUCCCUAUGACAGUUGCACCCGUUGCACCGAUUGCUGUUUAGCUGUGUUAGCUGUUUAGUGUUUAGCGUGUUUAGUACCUAGUACGGCCUGGUAAUCCAAGUUAUCCAAGCGGUGGUAAGAUUUUGAUGGUUUUGAUCGUUUUGAUGCUCUUGUGUCUUGUCAUGAUGGAAGAAAGUAGAAGAGGAUUGUAGUUGUACGUUUGCGGAAGAGCAUAUUCAGGCUUGUACAAAAAUGGGAUGGCCCUUAAUUAUGUGGAGAAAAUUUCCAAAACUCAGAAGUGUGGGCCAAACUUUUCACACAUCUCCUGCUUGCAGUCAUGUCAUCAAACUAACGCGGUUGCGAGUUGUGGACAACAGUGAAAUAGGAAAACAAGCAAUGGCUGAGGGAAAACCACCAAAAUGUAUUCACGUUUAUAACAAGAAGGAGGUUGGAACAAUUGGUGACAAGGUCUUACUGGCUAUAAAGGGUGAGAAAAAGAAAGGAAUCCUUGUUGGAGUUAAGCAGAAUCAGCGUGCCUUAAUUCCUAAAUUUGAUAGCAAUAAUGUGGUGCUGAUUGAUGAUAAUGGUACUCCUCUUGGGACUAGAAUUCAUGUUCCCAUUCCUCAAAUUCUUCGAACUAUACUAAAAAAGAAGAAUGUAGUUAAAGGUGCUGAUUAUACUAAACUUUUAGCCUUGGCUACCCGAUUUGUGUAGAGAUGUGUGUUGCAUAUUUUGCAGUGUUUACUAAAUACAGUCUGUAAUUAAGAAAAAACAUCUUGUACAAUAAGUCUAAUAAACGAGGUGAUGUUUUAGAACGUUCA